GGUGCGGCUCCCAUGCUGGUGCGGGGCGGCGCUUCCGCGGGGGGCACCGCGGGGGUUCCGCAGCGGCUCCGGGCGAUGGAGCGGGGCGCGCGCCGCCCGCUCGGGCUGUGGCUGCUGCUGCUGCUGCUGCUGCUCCUGCCCCCGGCGCUGGGCCGCCAGGAGUCAGGUUCAAAGUGGAACGUAUUUAUUGACCAAAUUAACAGGUCUUUGGAGAAUUACGAACCAUGUUCAAGUCAAAACUGCAGCUGCUACCAUGGUGUCAUAGAAGAGGAUCUGACUCCUUUCCGAGGAGGUAUCUCUAGAAAGAUGAUGGAGGAGGUAGUCAGGCGGAAGCUGGGAACUCACUAUCAGAUCAUUAAGAACAGAUUAUACCGAGAAAAUGACUGCAUGUUUCCCUCAAGAUGCAGUGGUGUGGAACACUUCAUUUUGGAAGUUAUCGGGCACCUUCCUGACAUGGAGAUGGUGAUCAAUGUACGAGAUUAUCCUCAGGUUCCUAAGUGGAUGGAACCUGCCAUUCCAGUCUUCUCCUUCAGCAAGACGUCAGAGUACCAUGACAUCAUGUAUCCUGCCUGGACCUUUUGGGAAGGGGGGCCCGCGGUUUGGCCAAUUUAUCCUAUGGGUCUCGGACGGUGGGACCUCUUCAGAGAAGAUCUGGUAAGGUCAGCAGCACAGUGGCCAUGGAAAAAGAAAAACUCCACAGCGUAUUUCCGAGGAUCAAGGACAAGUCCAGAACGAGAUCCUCUCAUUCUUCUAUCUCGGAAAAAUCCAAAACUUGUUGAUGCAGAGUACACCAAAAACCAGGCCUGGAAGUCUAUGAAAGAUACCUUGGGAAAGCCAGCUGCUAAGGAUGUCCAUCUUGUGGAUCACUGCAAAUACAAGUAUCUGUUUAAUUUUCGAGGUGUAGCUGCAAGUUUCCGGUUCAAACACCUCUUCCUGUGUGGUUCACUUGUUUUCCACGUUGGUGAUGAGUGGCUGGAAUUCUUCUAUCCACAGCUGAAGCCAUGGGUUCACUAUAUCCCAGUCAAAACAGAUCUCUCCAAUGUCCAGGAACUGUUGCAUUUUGUAAAAGCAAAUGAUGACAUAGCUCAAGAAAUCGCUGAAAGAGGAAGCCAUUUUAUUAUGAACCACUUGAGGAUGGAUGACAUCACCUGUUACUGGGAGAACCUGUUGACUGAAUACUCUAAAUUCCUGUCCUAUAAUGUAACAAGAAGGAAAGGUUAUGAUCAGAUUAUUCCCAAAAUUUUGAAAACUGAACUUUAAUAGCCAUCAUCGGAUCAAAGUCUUCUCUGUGGCGGCAGAUCUGAGAUAUCCUGUGGUGGAAGCUUACCAUGAAUGUAGCACCUAUACCUUGAAUACUGUUACCAAGACAAAUAUCUGCUUUUCCUUGUCAUGCUGCACCCAGAGCAAGUCUCGAGAAAGAUCCAAAACGUGUAUAAUACAGAUAUGAAGCAGCUCAAUGCUUUGGCUGAACAAGGACCAGAAAUCAUGAUAUGUGGGUUUUGUACCCGAUUCUACCUUUCAUUUUCUUAGGACCAAUCACAGCUUGUGCCUCAGGUCAUCCACAUAUAUAUGUACAUCACUGUGAACCUGACUGUGUCCAUGGGAUGGUGUUCUUUGUGCCACCGUUUGGAGCAGAAACUCAAUCAUUUGGAACUAGUACAACUCAUCGCCACAAUUCUGCAGUUAUUCUAGGCUUUAUCUAUGAUGCUAUAUUUUAAUGUAGAAAGCCCUAUAGGAUUUGUGAAAAGCACUUGGGGAUUAUUUUUUUAAAGGUCUAAGGAAGCAAUAGUUGUGCCAUGCAAUGACAUAGGAGACCCCUUCUGUAAAAGCAUAAACUCUUUAGUACUCAGGAGGUUUCUAUAAUGCCAUAUAGAAAGGGACCAGUUGCAUGAUAAUUGCAAUUGGAUCUCAAGUUCCUUUUGUGCCUUCAUAUUCUUCUUUUUAUGGUCUCUAAAAAAAAUACAUAAACCUCUUAAUCAGGUUAGGAAGGAGUCCUCACUCUUUGAAGGAACUGUGCAUAGGACAGCAACUCUUCAUUCCUUGCACAUCCCUAAUAUUUUUCCUCCUUCAAUUGGCAGCAGUCCACACUCUCACUGCCUUGCAGGAUCUGCUUUUCCCCUUCUUACUAUUAAAUAUUAGUUUAAUCUCUCAGGAUGCUCCUGCUAACAGUCAAAAAUGAAGAAAAAAUAGUUAGAUUAAAACUCAUAUAGUCUGCUGACUUAGAACCAUCCUUGUUCCUUAAGCCCAACCUUUCUACAGAAAAAUCAGUUCUUUUCCUUUGACUCCUAAGAACAGAUUGGUAUUAAUUGGUUUCAAAAUUAGUAAAUGUGAGAUUCAGUCAUAUAAAAUCAGGAUUUUAUUCUAUUUGUAAGAGAAAUUGCCUUUUAAAUUCCCUUCCACAAAAAUUUAAGCAUAAAGACCUUCUUAGAGGAGUUAAAUAUCACUGGUAAGACCAUUGCGUGGAAUAAGCCAGACAUUUAAAGUUGAACGUUUUUAGCAUGGAAAAUUAAUGGGGAUUGUGUCCUUAGGUGCUAUAAGUGUAGUGAUAGGAGCUCCAGAUUUAUGAGUUAUAUAUAUUAUGGUUUUGCCUUGUCAGUAUGAGGUCCUAAUAGAUGUCAUUCUUUCUGUAUUUUACUUUUUCUCUUACUAAACUAGGAACAAAAUUUUCUGUCCUUUGGAUUAGGAGCUGACAGUACAUUUUUCUGUGAGUGUUUCCCUUCAAGUUCCAGCUCAAGCAUCACCUUUUCUCUGAGGCCUCUCUUUCAUUCCUCUAGGCCAGUGGUCGGCAAACUCAUUAGUCAACAGAGCCAAAUAUCAACAGUACAACGAUUGAAAUUUCUUUGGAGAGCCAAAUUUUUUAAACUUAAACUUCUUCUAACGCCACUUCUUCAAAAUACACUCGUCCAGGCCGUGGUAUUUUGUGGAAGAGGCACACUCAAGGGGCCAAAGAGCCACGUGUGGCUCGCGAGCCACAGUUUGCCGACCACGGCUCUAGGCAGUUAGAAGCAAUAUUUUGCUCAUGCCUGUAUUAUAUGACAUCACAUUGUACUGCAGUUAUUUGACUGUUGUUCUGCAAGCUUCUUGAUGGGUGGGAAUCAUGUUUUACUCAUCUUGAUGUCUCCAUUACCCAGUACAGUGAGGGCCUCACACAGAGUAGACCCUGAAGUCUUUUUGGAAGGGUGACUUGGUGACUGGGUGUAUGGAUGGAGACAGUUGGCUUAACUAGAUCCUAUUUACAGAUUGCCUGGCCAUUGGCUCCAAUGGGGGACUGUGUGAGACUAACAAUUGGAACAAUGCAAAUUAUCACCUGCCCUUUGCAAAGUCGAUAAGGGCAUCUUUGUAUUUAAAUACAGCAAAUGUUACUCAGAUUUUAUAAUUACCUGUUUACCUCAGUGUAGAUGGUAUGAGGAUGGUGUGUAACAAUAUGUAAAAUGUAUGUUUUUGAAAAUAAUUUUUAUCCCUAUAA